AUGGCUAAUGAAAAGCCUGAUGUUAGUUCCACUUUUGUACCAAUUGAUAGUUUAUACGCGCCAGAGCAAAUCAAUAUAGCCGCUCAUUUAGCUCUUGGUUAUAAAUUUAACAUCUCUUGUAUGUUAUAUUACGAUUACAAAGGAA